AUGACUCCAUUCGAAGAUCACAGCCCAGCAAAGAGUCCAUGGCUCGAUCUCGAGGUUGUAUCUUACCGCGUGCUAGACCUGGCGCUCAUGCAGAUCCGAGCUGAGCAAAGGAUGCAAGAGUAG